GUCACCGUGAGAUUGGUUCGACAUCGGUUUCCUGCUGCAGUAAGAAGAGAAGAGCGGCGUCGAGACAAAUUGGGAAGACUACACACCACCUCCAAUAACUAUACUGUACAAUGAAACUGUUAGCAAUAUCUCCCUCUCUCGAUAUCCGCUUCGUCACGGUUGUACUGCUGGUGAUGGGCCUCUCUACUCCCGGACAAGCAGACAUCACAAGUCUGGAUUCAGCCAACAUUGAUGACGUCCUAAAUAAUGCUGGGGUGUCAUUAGUCAAUUUUUACGCAGACUGGUGCAGGUUCAGUCAGAUGCUCCAUCCAAUAUUUGAGGAGGCAUCUAACAUAGUGAGGGAGGAGUUCCCUGAAACCACGCAGGUGGUGUUUGCCCGUGUCGACUGUGACCAACAUUCGGACAUCGCCCAGCGGUACCGCAUCACCAAGUAUCCAACAUUGAAGUUGCUCCGCAAUGGGAUGAUGAUGAAGAGGGAGUACAGGGGUCAGAGGUCAGUGGCGGCCAUUGCUGACUUCAUCCGCCAGCAGCAGGUCAACCCUGUGAAAGAGAUGCACACAAUGGAGGAGGUUAAUACUCUGGAUAGAAGCAAGAGAAACAUCAUAGCUUACUUUGAAAGUAAGGACUCGGAGAACUACCGCAUUUUUGGAAAAGUUGCCAACAUCCUUCGAGAUGACUGCACGUUCUUGUCUGCCUUUGGCGCUGUAUCUGAGGCGGAGCGAUUCAGUGGAGACAAUAUAAUCUUCAAGCCUGUGGGGGAGGGCAUCCCCGACAUGGUCUUCCUCGGCUCACUCAUCAACUUCGACCUGACUUACGCUUGGGCCCAGGACAAGUGUGUGCCUCUGGUCAGGGAGAUCACCUUUGAAAAUGGAGAGGAGCUGACUGAAGAAGGGAUCCCUUUCCUCAUCUUGUUCCACGUUAGAGAAGACACAGCGAGCUUAGAGAAGUUCCAGCAUGAAGUGGCUCGCCAGCUCAUCAGCGAGAAAGGGUCUAUAAACUUCCUGCAUGCGGACUGCGAGAAGUUCCGCCAUCCUCUGCUCCAUAUCCAGAAAACUCCUGCUGACUGUCCCGUCAUAGCUAUAGACUCAUUCAGACACAUGUAUGUCUAUCCCGACUUUAAAGACCUUGAUAUCCCUGGAAAGCUGAGACAGUUUGUGUUGGACCUUCACUCUGGAAAGCUACACCGAGAGUUUCACCACGGUCCUGAUCCCACGGACAGCACGCCCGGACAGGAGGAGACGGGAGGAGAAGUGGCCAGCAGCCCUCCAGAGAGUUCAUUCCAGAAGCUGCAGCCCAGCGAGACUCGCUACACCAUCCUCAGACGGGACCGUGACGAGCUGUGACCUCAACAGCCUUCCAGUGAUCCUGUGACUCAAUGCCACGCCCCAGGGUCAGGGAGGGGGUUAGGGUUGGGACAGGCCAGCGGGACAGAACAGCAACACCCAACACCCUUACUCAAGAGAGAGAGAGAAGAGGAGAAUGAAGUGGAAGAAGAAGGUGAAAAAGAAGAACAGGAGGAGAGGAGUUCAGUCUACGACACAACCAUGUUGGAAUAACCUAUAUUUUCAUAACUCUUUCACGUACAAUUUUUAUUUUGGAUCAAAAGGAAGGGGUUAAAGAAGAAAAAUGUGUGUGGGCAGGGGUUAGGGGCAUUAGGACAUUAAGAGAAGUGUUUUUACUUUUAUUUUCUGGAGCUUGUAAAUAUGUUUGUGCUACAUGGGAGUCCCCUUGUUGGUCUAAAUUAAAUGCAGAGUUCUUUUUUAAUUUUAUUCCUUUCUUUUACAUCACCCGGCUUUUUGUAGAAGAAAAAACCAGAACAGUUCCCUCACUCGUACGGUUCUUAUCUGUGGGUAGUUCAGUUCAGCCUGUCUGGUAGGAGACGCUUGUUUAGUCUCACUGACCUCAUGGCUGCAUCUCAAUAAUAUUACCAACUCUAGUCUAAUUAAUUUGUAUAGCACAAGUUAUAACAAUAUGCCUGUUCGAAGUAGCUUUAUCUCCAUAUCUUCUCCAUGCACGGAGUUCUGAAGGAAUAGAAAACAUUUUAAAUGCUUGGUAGGCGUAACACAAUUUCAAACCAUGACUUGAGAAAGAAGAUAAAGAGACGGAGCUACUCCAGCCUAUUGAGAUGCACCCCUUCUCUCCCUGGUACUAAAUGAUUAUAGAUUAUGAUGUCUCUUACAGUGCUUAUAAAAAGUAUUGCCCCCUCGGACCUUUUUUAUGUGUCACUGUUUUAUAACACUGAAUCACAGUGGAUGUAAUUAGGAUUUUAUUUUUGUCAACAAUCGAUAGCAAAUACUGUAAUGUCAAAGUGAAUGAGCCUUUUGGCCAUCAUACGAAAUUCUGUGUUUAGUAAAAGCCUGAAACUGCUGAACACCAAAAACACAUUAUCCCUGGUGGUGGCAGCAUCAUGCUAUGUGGAGGCUUCUCUGCAGCAUUGCCCGGACAGCUUGUGACUGCAGAAGGUUAAAUUGAUGCAGAACAGUACAGAGAAAUCCUGUUCAAAAGAUACAACUUUAAAUUUGACAUCAAGUAGACUCAAACCUAGAAGCCAAAUCUAAAGGAUUUAAAAGAAGAAUGUAAAAUAAUAAGUGUUGAGACGUGUAAAGCUGUUACAGGCCUAUUGAAGUAGACCUAAGGCUGUAACUUUUGCCAAAGGUGCCUCUAUUAAGUAUUGUCUUGAAGGACAUGAAUACUUAUGCAAUCAGGACUUCUGUCAAUUCUGUACCCAAGAAAUCUGAAAGUCUUAUUUUACUGUCUAAAAUGCUGAUUACCUCCACUACUGUAAAACAUUAAAAGUCAAAGGGGGCUGGAUACCUUUUUAAAGGCACAGUAUUUGCCAUAACACCUUGGCAGUUGUUUUUCCCCUGGAGUCAAAUAAGAGGGUUUUGCAAUGAUGUACUUUAAAAUGGUUAUGAAAUGGCUGUUGUUUUUGCUGUUACCUGUUGUCAAACGUGUCAUCAUGCGGGGGGAGAAAAGACAGCGUCCUUCCCUGUGCUUUAAUAAGCACAGAGAGACGAGAGGGGAAAACCCACGGUGGAAAUUUACAGUCUGCCACUUUAUACAAGUUCUCUUAAAAACUGGUUUAGUCUCUUUAUACCUCUUUGGGGAUUUGGUACAAGUCUUGCGCCCUGAGAUCCCCAGAGCGUGAUUUGAAUCCAAAAGCAGAAGCCAGAUUGAAAGUGUAGGGACCCAUUGCUAAGUUUGUACUGCACGUCCUGCCCUUCCAUAGAGGCCAACAGAUGCCUGCAUAGUAACAUAUCAGCCCACAUACAGGCGAGCAACAGGGGGGGGGAGUGUGAUGCCAUUUCUAAACCAAGUCAUCUCAGGGGGAGAAGAGUAAAAAACAAAUAAAAAAAAGUAAAUUAAAAACCAUUUUACAGGA